UGAGAGGUGCUUAGCGUUAACUUUGACCCCGGCUGGGUUUCCGAAGACUCUUGCUGGAGGGUACAGAGAUUUGGAGCCCAGGACAAAGAUGCCAGUCGAGGACAGGCUGUGGGAGCCAGCUUGUCCUGAGCCAGUAGGAGCAAGCCAUGCUGUAAUGAAUGAAGGCCGUAGCUCCACAGCAGCUGGAACCCAUCCUUGAGGGGGCACACCUGGGACCUGAGCCCUGCCAAAACUGAGCCAAGACUGGGGUGUGGAGGAAGACGGGAGUUUGGAGCUGCUGGGGCUGCAAGUCUUGGGUCACAUGACCGCUUGCGGAGAACAGGGAGAGACCGUGGAGGUUUUGACUCAGAACAGAGGAAAGACGAGUUAGCUGAGAUGGUGAACCAUCUGCAGUGUGGAGAAAAGAAAGCAACAUAGGGCAGGAUGGUUGAGGGAAUGGUUCAGACAAGGCAGAAACAAUGGCCACUCUGGGAGCUACAAGGAAGGCUUGAUGCCUCAUGGCUCCUUUCUCCUCCAGCUCUGCCUCCUUAACUCCCUGACCUUGCCCAGGAGGAAGAAGAGAUGACCAAUUCCCAGGAACCUGUUACAUUCAAGGAUGUGGCCAUGGACUUCACUGAGGAGGAGUGGAGGCAACUAGACCCCACACAAAGGGCCCUACAUAAAGAGGUGAUGCUGGAAAUCUAUGACAACCUGGUCUUAGUGGCGAAGAAACUUGACGACUGUGCUGAAUGUGGGAAGAGCUUUAGUCGAAGCACAGAUCUUCGCUAUCAUCAGAGAAUUCACCCUGGAGAGAAACCUUUCAUAUGUGAUACGUGCGGCAAAGGCUUCAGUUAUAACACAAAUCUUCGUGUUCAUUGGAGAGUUCACACAGGAGAGAAACCUUUUAAGUGUGAGUGUGGCAAGGGCUCCCCUCAGAGCUCCAACCUUCGCAUCCAUCAGAGAGUCCACACUGGAGAGAGACUCUACACAUGUGAUAAAUGUGGUAAGGGCUUCAGUCAGAACAUAGAUCGCCAAGUGCAUCAGAGAGUCCAUACAAACGUGAAACUCUGAAAACACAGACUUAUAUGCUCAUCUGAAAGUCCACAGAGGAGAGAAACUCAACAAGUGUGUAUGGUAAGAACUUCUUCAGUCAGAGCAUAGAUCUCCAAGUUUAUCAAAGAAUUCACACAGAGAAACCAUUAGAUAGGAUAGAUGCUGUAAGAGUUUGUUACCUUCAUCUUCAUCAGAUCCCACGUGGGAGACAAACCCUACAGGUGUGGAACGUGUGGUCAGAACUUCUAUUAGAGUGCAUCCCUCCCCCUUUACCAGAGUCUGUUUCUGCAACAAUUCUGUGAGCCCCAUGAGCGUCUCGUUACACAUGCUUUGCUCACCAUUUUGUCCCCAGCUCCUGACAUACUGCCUGGUACAAGUAGCUAUUCAACAAAUAUCUCUUGAAUGCAGAUCCACUUGGGAGAGAACCCCUUUAAGUGUGAUGUGCAGUAAAGACUUCACAGUCCACACAUUGAAAUACCGCACGGUAAAGAUUUCAGUCAGAUCAUGGGUUUCAUCGUUAGUUAAUCCCUGCAGGGGAGAAGUCCUGUCAAACUGAUGAAUAUACUAAUGGACUUGAGAUAAUAUUCAUGUUAUUAAAUCGCUAUAGUAAAUUUAUAUGCCUUCAACAUAAGAAUUCUCACCCCUAAACUAUCAAUUGUAAAAAUACUUUUGUCAAAACUCAUGCUAAAACAUGUAUCUAUUGUAUUAUUCAGGAAAAAUCCUGUGACAUGAAAUUAUGUGUCAAGCUCUGGACUGACAAGCUCCACAGAGGUUGAUUCCAUCACAAAGACGUUUAUGUUAGACAUAACCAAUAAGUAACCCAGCACCCGUGCCAAACAAGGUUUUCCUCCUGGAAAGAUGCCCCUUACCUGGCAGAGGCCCUUCUAGACUGAAAGCCUCCUGGCUCUAAUUGAGCAUCUUCCCAUCCAUCAUGUCACCAGGCUUCUGGGUGCCUUGCACCAUGGAUUAUAGAAGUCUCGAGGUAAGGCAUCUUCAGAGUAGAUGUCUGUAGAAGACACAGCUAAAGAAAGGGGCUGGGUCAGGAGAGGAAAGCAAGUCUGAAAGGAAAUGAUUAGAGGGAAAGGAAAAAGAACAGUGCGUAGGAGGGAGGUUGUGGGAUGGUGGGGGUAGAAAGCCCAGAGGCUUCUUCAAAGUUUCAAACAAGUGUGGUGACCCCAGUAUAGGGCUUUCCCUGAGUAGUCUGAGCUGAGUAGAGGGUGAGCUGUAGUGGGUAGAGAUGGACCCCAUCAGCGUUCGGGCCAGUUGGGACCACAGGUGGAAAAGCUGCUGUGAAGGGCCUUGGAAAGCAACUCCAUGCUUCAUUGUUUCCCCAAGUGGCCCAAGUCAGGUGGGACCAUUAUCCCCCCAAUGGAAGGAGGGAUCCUAUAGGAAGGCAGUAAUAAGGCUGACUCCCUUCAGGAGGCAUAAAUUAAUCAGAGACAGAGCCUGAGGGCCUGGCCAUGAAGCAGGAAGACUGGGGCCAGUGGAGGUUAGGAAGAGGUUAGGGACCCAGCUUCAUCAUUAAAUGUGAGUAAGGAAGAGAGCGGUUUGUCUAAAUUCUUUGUACUAUGUGCCCCUAGGCAGCCAUUGCAAGGGGAAAGAUAUCCACCAUUAGAGAGACUUUGGGGCCCUAGGAGGACUGUCAGCUGACCUGUCCAGAGACCAUCGGCUCACAUUGGGAGCCGGUGUUGGUAUGCCCAAGGGCUAUAAUGGCAACUGGCUUGUGAGAGGCCCUCAAAUAUUGAAUGAGGGUAUUAAUAAAAUUCCAACAACUCACAUUUAUAUUAGUUUUUUCCUUCUUCCUCUUUGCUUUUUCCUCUCCAACUCUUCUUCUCUUUUGUUUUUAGAUUUAAAAAAUACUUUAAUUAUAAAAUAUUUCAGGCAUACAGAAAAGUUCAGAAAAUAUAACAAUAGUAUGUUAAAUUUUGCCACAUUAGCAUCAGGUUUUUUGGGGGGGGGGUAAGGAAAAAACAGAUUGAACUGCAGCCUCAUGCUGUCUUUUCCCUUAGCCCUGCUCAGAGGUAACCAUUAUGCUCAAGUUGCUGUGUAUUAUUUCUGUGUGUGUUUGGGUUUUUUUUUUUUUUUUAAUUACCUGUGUGUCCAUGAUAUCUUAGUUUUUUUUGUUUUGUUGUUUUUUUUUGCAAUUUGCUUUAUGCCCCAAGCAUUACAUUUGAGAUUUUUUUAUGCUGAUGUUUUAGAAUUAAUUAAGGGAUUUCAGCUUCUGUCAUCUAAGCUAUCAGACAGAUAAUCUACUGAAGACAUUAUUUGUGUGCCUCUGUGCCAAUAAUACAUUUUUGAGUGAUCUAGCUUUAUAAAAAUCAUCCUGGCUAUUUAAAGCCCUUUAUUCUUUCAUGUAAGUUGUAGAAUCAGCUUGUCAAAGUCCUUGAAAAUUUGUCAGAUUGGGAUUUUUGGGUUUUUUCUUCUUUUCAUUCCUUCCAUUGGGUUAUGUUUUAUUUAUUCUCUAUUUUGUUCUAGAAGAUAGUAGUUACAUUUGAUCUCUUUUUGUUUGCUGUUAACAUUCAUAACUUAAGAAGAGGCAUUAAUGCAAACUUUAUUAACGGUAGAGACUAGAACACUCGCUUUGCUUCUCCUUACAUGUUAUGGUUGU